UCCAGAGACCACAGCAGCAGCCGCGAUGCCAAUCGACCGUGGGACACCCGAAUGCUGGCUUGCCGUCCCACCGGGACACAGCACGGGGGGAACGGGAUCAUCUCUCUCCCGCAUUCACAGAUUUCACAGCUUCCCUCAAAGACGCCCAUUCCGUCACCACCGCGCCAACCCUCCCCUCCCAUUGACGCAAACCACCCUCUUCCUGCAAGCCCUGAACCCCCCCACAGAUGUCAAAAAAGGAGAUGCCGGCGGGCCCUCCGGAUUCGUACCGUUCCGCGUUUGGGGGCCCAUUACGUCGGCACCUACGACAUAGCGCCGCCCCUCCUUCCUUCCCGUCUCACCCUCUCGGCGUGGGAUACCGACCUCAGUCGAUCGCGGAAGCGUGCCGGGCCUGUGCCGUAGUCAGACACGCUUCAACCCCGAAAUCCCUCAUCUCUAGAUCUACAUCACAGUCUUACGAACCCUCCAAUUGGCACACCUUUCAAUCCCUUUCCCAGAGAUUGAAUUGGAUCGUUACAGUAGUCAUCACGUCGAAGCAGCAACGAGGCACGUGUGGUCCCUGCCUCCACUCCCCACAACCUGACAAUCCAGAGCCAGAGCCAGAAAGGCAGGUGUCUCACGUCCCCAGAUGCAAAAACCCCAGUCCCCAUUGGCCUCUCUCACACCGUUGUAAAGCCGGUCCUUUCACCGCGAAUCCUCUGUUUCGUUUUUGGGAAAACAUAACCAGUGCAAUUGGGAUCUUGAGGCACGGUGUUUGCCUGACCCUGCUUGAGGGAUUCCAAGAAAACGUGAGAUGUGGAGAGAGCGAUGCCCCCCCUUUCCCAAUGAUCCAGAGCACGUGUUUUCCUCCAUGCCCUGCCCUCCUGAGCCCAGACGUUUCGUCUCCAAUCCCAGGAACGGAAACCAAAGAAUCCCACGAUCCCAAACAAAGUGCAGAUACUCCAAGGACUGAUCCCCAGACCGUAGUACGAUGAUAGCAGAGCCUUGUCUGUUUCAACCCUUCCUUCCCUUCCAUUCCCCUCACUUUCCUAUCUCUCUUCCUUGUAACACUUGGGGCACGUUCUAGACACAUGCUCUCACCACGAAAGGCAGGUGCGCUACCCCCCCUCCUCCCCAUCCAAACCAAUGCCGGUACCUAAGUCCCUAUCAUCGGUCUCUCCGUGAGUAUCUCUUUUAGCGCCAGGACCCGUUCUCCCCCGCGCUUGCUGUGCUGUACUGUACUGUACUGUACCUUACCCUACCGCCCCUAUCAGGAGAGUGAGGGACUAAGUCCGGUGUCAGCGUGGGGGCGGGGCGGGGGGUUCUCC